AUGUGGCCGUGGGCGGCGGCGGCGGCGGGGGCGGGGCUGCUGGGCGCGGGGCUGCUGCUCGGCCUGGCCGGCCUGGCCCGGCACCUCUGGGCCCUGCGCUGGGCGCUCAGCCGGGACCCCGCCUGCCCGCUGCCCCUCCCGCCGGGCUCCAUGGGGUGGCCCUUCCUCGGAGAGACCCUGCACUGGAUGCUUCAGGUCCGGGGGGGCCCUCCCGGGGGGGGUCAGAGGUCAGGGCUGGCCCGUGCUGAGGGAGGUCCACCCCUGCUGCAGGGCUCCCGCUACCAGAGGUCCCGGCGGCAGCGCUACGGGCCGGUCUUCAAGACACACCUGCUGGGCCGGCCGGUGAUCCGGGUGAGCGGCGCCCAGCACGUGCGCACCAUCCUGCUGGGCGAGCACCGCCUGGUCCGCAGCCACUGGCCCCGCAGCGCCCGCAUCCUGCUCGGACCCCACACGCUCCUCGGCGCCGUCGGGGAGCCGCACCGCCAGCGCCGCAGGGUCCUGUCUCAGGUGUUCAGCCGCUCUGCCCUGGAGAGCUACCUGCCCCCCAUCCAGGCCGCGCUGCGGCGGGAGCUCCGCGGCUGGUGUGGGGCGGCGGGGCCCGUGGCUGUGUUCGCCGCCACCAAGGCGCUGACUUUCCGCAUCGCGGCGCGCGUCCUGCUGGGGCUGCGGCUGGAGGAGCGGCGCUGUGCGGAGCUGGCCCGCACCUUCGAGCAGCUAGUAGAAAACCUCUUCUCCCUGCCGCUGGACCUGCCCUUCAGUGGGCUGCGCAAGGGCAUCCGUGCACGGGACCGGCUGCAUGAGCACAUGGAGGCUGCCAUCGCCGAGAAGCUGCAGGCAGGGCCGGGCCCCGGAGCGGGCCCCAGCGAUGCGCUGGACUUGAUCAUCAUCAGCGCUCGGGAGCAGGGCCGGGAGGUCACCAUGCAGGAGCUCAAGGAGUCGGCGGUGGAGCUGAUGUUCGCAGCCUUCUUCACCACGGCCAGUGCCAGCACGUCUCUGGUCCUGCUACUGCUGCAGCACCCGGCCGCCGUGAGCAGGAUCCGGCAGGAGCUGAGUGCCCACCAGCUGGGCAGGAGGUGCCCCUGCCCCUGCCCUCGCCCCUGCCCCUGCCUGGAGCCGCCCAGGGAUGGGCGAGCCCGGCCGGGUGACCGGCAGCUGGCGGACCCCAGAGACCCCGGGACCUGCCCCCGGCUGUCCGAGGCGGGCCCAGGCCAGGGGCAGAGGGGCUCGGUUGAGACCCCUGCCCACCAAGCCGAGGAGGCCACCUGCCGCUGCCCUCCUGACCUGAGCCUGGACCAGCUGGGCCGCCUGCGCUACUUGGACUGGGUGGUCAAGGAGGUGCUGCGCCUGCUGCCCCCCGUGUCCGGCGGCUACCGCACCGCGCUGCGGACCUUCGAGCUGGAUGGCUAUCAGGUCCCGCAGGGCUGGAGCGUGAUGUACAGCAUCCGGGACACGCACGAGAUGGCCGCCGUGUACCACAGCCCCCCGGACGGCUUCGACCCAGAGCGGUUUGGCCCACGUACGCCGGAGGGAGGCCGGGGCCCCGGCCGCUUCCACUACAUCCCGUUUGGCGGUGGAGUGCGGAGCUGCCUGGGCCAGGAGCUGGCCCGCACCAUGCUCAAGCUGCUGGCCGUCGAGCUGGUGCGCACGGCGCGCUGGGAGCUGGCCACACCCGCCUUCCCAGAUAUGCACACCAUCCCCAUCGUCCACCCGGCCGAUGGGCUGAGGCUGCUCUUCCACCACCUGCCGCCCGACUCCGCCACUGACCCUGAGGCCCCGUGCCCCUGAUCUGCCCACCAGGACAUGCCAGGCCACAAGGACCUGCCGGGCUGGAUCCACUGACCGCCCAGGCCCUGGACAACCUGCUGUUGGACACCCUCUCUUGGAGGCGGAUCCCAAAUGGGCCCAGCAGAUUUCCCUGCACCCUCGGCCAAGCCUCCAGAGCCACUGGAAAAGCCCAAGGGUCUGGGGGAUCGAGGGGUUGGAGGUCCCGGUCCGCUUCAGUGCCUGAGUUCACAGGUGGGGAAGGGCCCGGCCCCAGUCCGGCGUGAGCCCCGGGGUUCAGGGCUGUCCAGGGGAACGCCGAGUAGCCUGCAGUAAGCUGAAAGGCCUCAGCGUUAACACUAAUACUAGCAAUGAUGGAAUUUGCUGAGCGCUUACUAUGUGCCAAGCCCUGUUUUGAGCCCUGGGGUAGU